GGAUCAAGAAACCCCUCCGGAAGCCCCUUACUCGCCACCAUGAGCCUCAUCCGUCAGUCCAUGCGCGCCCUGAAGGCCGUGAACACCACCGCCGCCAUCCGCCCCGCUGUCGCCCGGUUCUCCACGGACGGCAAGGUGCACGGUGUGCCCAUUAACAACGCGCCCACGGAGGACGUGCAGGUCGUGAUCCCGGAUGUGCACCAGACGCUCGAGUGGUGCCUGUCGUCGCCCCCUCCCGUUCACCAGUUCGACGAGGCCCCGCUUGUCAUCGAGACCUACGGCGACGUGGACCCGUACCACUAAAUCAGCAGCAGAUCCAGGUCCUGAGGCGUCGUUCCUAGGUGCUCCCGGCGCCACCGCAGCCCGCUGCGACUUCUUUGUUUGGCAUGCAUAAGUAUGAAGGGUGGAGAGAAUAGGGGCGCAUGCCGGCCACUUAACUGGACGCGCUUCAGGCGGCUGGCUUGCUUCAAAUUCAGAAAAAAAACAAAGAACACAAUUUGGUAACUUUUUGCGAAUAUGCAUGCCAGGCUGCUGUCUUC